AUGUCAGGACAGUACUGGUUUCCAAAUAUGCCAAUACCAGAGAUUAUGACAGCCCUAUCAGAAUGGGGCUUGAACGUCAGCAACGAGCAACUCGUCAGGCCCUCCUCUGAUUUUGUUACUGGCGUAUACAACGCCUGCUUGGAGCAAGUCACGUCCAUAUCUCCAAACGUGCUUCACAAACCAACCCAACGCGCUCUAUCCUCCCUUGAUGAUGCUAACCCUGAUCUUUACAACAACGCUAUCUCACACAAUAUCAUGCUCUACCACCUAACCCGAUUCGCUACUUCUGCACGCAUUAUGGACUUCAGCUCACGAGACCUGUCCGCACCAGAGCCGGAGCGUACACGCUUCAUUCUCUCAGCGUUUAUUAACUUUGUCAAGUUCGCGGAGCAAUGUACCACAUUUAUUAGCAACGUCAGAGAAAAGUCUGCACAGGUCAUAGAAGAGCGCGAACAAGCUAUUCAGGAACUCUCAGAAGUUCAGCACAAUCUCGCAGUGCUCAAGGCACAACGUGCAAAGGACGAGCCAAAAUGCGAACAACUCAAGGAAGAGAAUGCGGCUAUGACCACCCAACUCCUUGCAGCAAAAGAGGUUCACACAGGACUCACCAAGGAGAUCGAGAGUCUAAAGAUUGAGAGGGCGCAUCUCCAAGCUCGAAACGAAACUGUCAACUCGGAAUCUACUCUCCUAAUGGACAACAAUUCCCGUACCAGAUCACGUAUUGUGCAAUCUCCAGAGCGUAUCAGGCGCAAUAUCAUGACUAUGGGGACUACGGCUAUUGAAGACAAAAAGACGGUUGCAUUGCAUGAAGCAAAGGCGCGAGACCUACAGGCCAAAAUUUCGACGCUCGUCAAUAUCGAAAAGCUGCAAACGACAGAGAAGGAAGUGCAGCUCCUCGAAGGAUCACAAAAGGAGCUCGCAGAACUCAAAGACAGCCUGGAGUAUAAGAAAGUCGAACGCGGCGAGCUGCAGAAGAAAACUGAGCGAGUACACAAGCAACUUGGAAACGCGCAGGAGAAGCUUGAAAGAGCGCAGAGACACGCAGAAGAGAAGCGACAGGCCAGCCAACAGACGGUUGAGCGCCUCCAACGAGAUUACGAGAAGAUGGACGUUGAACGGCGAGAAAAUGACAAGCAGGUGGAGGAACUCCGGAUGGAAGCGGGCGGCAUAGAAACAAAGUCCUUCGCAGAUGACAGAGCAUCUGAAGAAGAGUGA